GAAUUAGCUAAGAAAGUUACAGUUUAGGAUGGUAUCAAAUUUUGUUUACAUCCUUUGACUGUAGGCCUAUUACCAAAAAAGUUACUACCAAGCCCACAAUGGCCUGCUUGUUUCUCUAAACUGCUGACUCCUAAUAUUGUAAAUAAAAGACACCAAGAGUGUAAAGGCCUUUAAAGGUCAGCAAUAACAAUAGCCUUAAGUUACCAUCCGAAGUGAUGGUUAAUCAGCAGGUGUGUCACUAAUUAAGUACUGCCUAUGUGAAAAAUUUUAGCAUCUUUUCCUUUUUUUGUAUCACUGUCACUAUGUCCUAAGAUUUCUCUCUAUAAAAAAGGCCAUCUCCUAAGGCUUGGGGUCUCUGGUUCUGAUAGGACCAGGGUCCAGUUUUAUUGUGAUGUAGGUCUCCUCUCAAUAGAUCUAUUAUUUAGCUUGGAGUUCUGUAUUGGUGAUAAAUUUUCACCACAGAAUUCAGAAUAAAUUAGAAGGAUAUAAAAAUACAGACGGCAAAGUAAAUGAAAACUUCUUAAUAAAGGGCUCUGCAAAAGAAUAUUUUAUAAGUGAAGAAGCUUGGGCAAGGGUUGAAAUAAAAUUCAGAAUUAGGCUUAUCAUAUACAAUCAUAUAAAAGGGAAGGAUCAAAAGAAGGCAUAAAAUAACAAAGUAAUUAACAGUUUAAGUAAAUUAAAGGAAAUUAGGAUAGACUAGGAUAGAAAUUAAUCACAGGAACAGAGUGUUGAGUUAAGCAAGAAAGGAGAUAAAAACUAAAAUGAAUGAAAGGAAACAGACCUGACAGUUAUAAUCUCAAAUAUGAAUAAGAAGUAUGCGGGAUGGAUAAGAAAACAAAACCCAGUGAUGUGCAUACAAGAAAAACAUCUAAAAAUGAAGACAUACAGAAUGAAAAUUAAAAGCUAGAAAAAUAUGUAUUAUACAAACAUAUACAUUUUAAUUUGUUUUAUGUAUAUAUAAAUGUAUCUUGUAUUUAUAUUGUGUGAGUACACACACAGAGACACAUCAGACAAUUCUAAAAAGAAAAAAUUGCACCUCCACUUUCAGACAACAAAAUUAAAAUUCAGAAUGUUAAGAGAAAUAGGGAAAACAUAUCUUGCUUAAUGGUUCCAUGGACAAUGAAGCAAUAUCAAUAUAUGUAUAUUAUAUAACUGGCAUAACAUUUAAGUUCAUAAAGAAAAAGUUCACUAAAGAUUAUAAUAAUGUAUUAAUUGUAGAAGAUUGUAAUAAUCUUCUCUUAGAGCUGGAUAAAUCUAGGUCAAAGAUGAACAGAAAAGAAAAUAUAAAACUGAACAGAAGUUAGAUUGAAAAAAUAAUGUGCACUUCUCAACACAACAUGGUACUUCAUGGUACGAAAACUUCAUAUGCUAGGACAUAAAAAGUUAUACAUAAAUUUUAAAAGGUAGCAAUAUUAAGCAUAUGAUUUUCUGGACAUAAUGUAAUAAAAUCAUUUUUUAAUGAGAAAAUAAGGAAAUGAUAAAAUUCCUAAAUGGAGAACUAAUACUGUUGUCCUGAACAAAUAAAUCAGUUAAAAGACUUUUAACACUGACAGUUUAUCUGUUAGAUAUUUAAAGAGAAAGAAAUAAAACUCAAAAAAAUGAGUAAGAUGAAUUCAUAAAAAAUAGGAAAGACAAAUUAUCAUCAGAACAUUCUAUAUAGUUAUUUACUGACAAAAACCAACCAUUUAAAGAAGAAUCUCAAUAUAACCAAAAUCCAGGAUUUUAAUUUAGAUUUAUCAUAGGGAUGAAAGCAUGGUUUGACAUUAGGGAAACAUCAUAAUCCUGGGCCACCUAGUUACCUUUUGUUUUUAUAUCUUAAUUUUGAAUUAUAUCUUCCCUUUUUCUACCCAACAAACCAUUUCUUAUAAAAUUAAUUUAAAAAAAAGACAUUAUAAGAAUGCUUCAGAAAAGGAAAAUCUUUUCAGCAAAAGACAAUCAUUACAUUUUGGUUUGUGUAAUUUUCUACCCUCAUGAUUCACUAUCUCUUCAAUUAAAGGAGAGAUUGGUUUUUUUCAAUUCUUCUAUAAUACCUUAGUCAUUACAAUUACAUAGUAUUUAGUUUUUUUGCAUUUAUGUUAUACUGUGCUAUUUUCUUGGUUCUGUAUUAAUUCAGUUCAUAAAUAUCUUCCCAUGUUUCUCUAAUUAUUUAUACUCAUUUUUCUCACAGCACAAUAAUAUUUUAUUAUAUACCAAAAUUUUUUCAAGCAUUCCUCAAACAGCACUCAUUUUCCCCCAGUUCUUUACCAUCGCAAAAAAAAAAUAAUUCUGCUAUGAAUAUUUUGGUGUAUAUUAGGUAUCUUUCUCCCCCAUCUUUGAGGUACAAUAGUAUAGGAGACAGAAUGUUGCAAUUGGAUUCUGGAAGCCCUAAUUCAGAAUCCUGCUUCAGAUACUUAAUACCUGUGAGACACUGGGCAGGCAGGUCACUUAUUUGUGCCCCAAUUUCCUUAUCAAUAAUGGGAGGUUGUUGGAGUCAAGGGCCACUGUGGUCUCUUCUAAUGUUAAAGCUAUGAUCCGAAAAUCUAAGUGUAAGCUCUGAGUCAGAGUAUGGAUAUUUUACUAUAUUUUUAAGCAUGAUCCCAAAUUCCUUUCUAGAAUGGUCAAACCAAUGAAUCAUUUCCAUAAUGCUUUCACUGCCUGUUUUUCUAGAUGGAACAUGAAAUCUUUGCACUGUUUUGAUUUGCAUUUCUCUUAUUAUUAGGGAGUUAUAACAGUCUUUCAUAUAUUUACUAAUAGGACAAAUUUUUCAUGUGAGAAUGUUUUGUCCAUGUCCUUUGACUACUCAUCCAUAUGGGAAUCAUAGCAGUCCUUUUAAUGUUAGUAAAGAAACAGAAAAAAAAAAGUAGAUGUCUAUCAACCGAGGAAUGGCUAAACAAACUGGUAUAUGAAUAGAUUGGAAUAUUACUUCACUGUAAAACUUGGCAAACAUGAGGAUCUCAAAAGAAACAUGGGAAGAUGCUUAUGAACUGAUGAAUGAAGGAAACAGAACUGAGAAAACAAUAUACACAAUUAUUACAAAAAUGCAAAUAAAAACAAUAAAAAGAAACUGAGCAUUGUAUAAUUAUAAUGAGUAAUGUUGGCCCUACAAAGAAAAGAAUGUCAUUCCUUCCAUUGGACAGUUAGGACACCAUGGUUGUGGAAUGUUGUAUAUAUUGUCAAACAGCAGAUACUGGUUGGUUUUAUGAAAAAAAAUUUUUUUUAAAUCUUUGUUACAAGGAAAGGCUUGUUGGGUAGGGAAACAAUGUAUUUAGAAAUAAAUGUAACAUAAAAAAGGAAAUGGAAUAAAAUUUUAAAAUCUACUGUUUGACAUAUUCAGAAGGUAUAUUCAAAAUGAAAAAAAAAUCUGAUAAAAAGAGAAAAAGGAAUUGAUCCAGAUGGGAAUGCAUAAGAAAAGAUUUGGCCCUGCACUGGUAGAAGGAACUUUCAUUUUGGUAUGGGAGUGGGGGAGCAGGAGAAUACACUGAUGAGAUAACAGAUCAUAGCAUCAAAGGCUAAUUAUGAUUAAAAUCUUGGGAUCCACUAGUUCAUUUAUUCAAAGAACAUUCUUGAGUGCCUACUAUAUAUGCCAAGCAUUGUACAUACAAAGAUGUAUACAUUCCAAGAAUAGGAGUGCCUUUGUAACAACAGGGUGGAAAGAUGCUAUAUGCAGAACAGCAAAGCAGGAUACUUUAUGCUAUUUUAUAAUGCAGGAUCUAGGUAGUGUAGUGCAAAUGUCACCUCACUCCCAAAGCUAGGAAUUCUAUAUUCUUGCACUUUGUAUACUUAUCCAUCUUUGCAUCUUUCUCUCCUCUCCUAGUAAAAUAUUUUUUAUGACAUACUUGAGUGGGUAUUAGAACCAUGGUCAAACCAUGGCUAGAGUAUUAAGUCCAGUUCUAGGCAAUACAUUUUAGAAGGGACAUUUAUAGUUAGUGAUAAGCUGGAAUGUGUCCAGAGGAAGAGGACCACCAUUGUGAGCAGAAUUGGAAAAAUUGUGUCAUUUGAAUAUCAGAUGAAAACUAGACAAAUUUAUCCUGGAGAAGAAAAGACUAAAAGGGCUGAGAGGACAUGAUUACUAUUUUGUAAAUAUCUGAAGCACUGUCUUUGUGGAAGAGUGAGAAAAAAGUAGAAAGAUCAAUGAGCAGGAGUUAAAGGAAGGCAGAGUUUCUAAGAUGGGGAGAAACUUGUAAGUAGAACUGUCUAAAGCUGAAAUGGGCUCCUCUAGGAAAUACUAAGGCAAUUAUCUGUAGUUCCACUCUUUGUAAAGAUUUGAGAACUACCUGCCAGAGAUGUUAUAGAUUCUAUUCAUGUUUUGGGUAGAAGUUUGACUAGAUGACCUUUAGUCCCUUCUGAUUCUAGAGUGAUUUUAGCCUUUCAAAGACCAAAUUAACUGAAUGCUACUAGCUCUAGACUUGUGUCACUAGACAGUAUGAUAGAGACAUGAAGAGAGGUUUUGCAGGCCUUGUGGACCAAGAUGCAAAGCUGGAGACCUAGCUCUAGCUGUCAAUCAUGGAAGGUUCCAACGGAAUGUUCCCAGGAGUGGCAGUUGGGAUUUGCUGGUCAGACUGAAAAGAGAAACUUGGCUUUUGGACUUCGUCUCUGACUUGGAGUCACACUCUCUCUCUAUCUGGAGGUUGGAAAAGCUGGCUGAAAGAUUCUUGUUACUCACAUUCCAAUGAGGAAGAUGACAUGAAAAUAACUACAUAAUAAAAGAAAUAUACAGAGAAUAUAGAAUGUAUUCUGAGAAGGAAGACAUUGGGGAAAGAACUGGGAAAGUCUUCCUGCUGAAGUGUGCCACAAAUGGGAAGAAGAUGUUUGGUGAACUUCUGGAAAGGCAGAAAUAAAGAGUGUCACAGGAUGGACAGAAAAACUUUACAAAGAAAUGAAGCACUCCACCAUCUGGAAUUUGAAUCCUCACCCAAUGUCCACUGCAUCCACUAAGAACAUCCAGGUGUUCUGCAGCUGCCUGAAUUCAUCUCAUAGGGAAGCAGCACCCCAAGCAGCUGUGAGAUUUGUUUUGCAGCUCAAAUAACAUUAGUUUGUUAUUCUCACAACUGCAUGGUGGAGCCAUUUUCUAAGCAACCUUGCAUGAUAUGGAAACUGUAGAAGAAUUGGAGCCACUGCCUUUGGAAUUAUAUGCCUUGUUAAAAGAAAAGAAAAAAGAAAAAAAAACCCUAGCUUUUUUUCAGUGGGCCCCAUAUGUAAACAUCAAAUGCCAGUGUAAUGUAUCCCUCUACCAGUCUGGUGAGUGAUACGGUUCACUGACAGGAAAGACUAAGGCCAUCUUGUGGGCUGCCAGUUUCCUAACCCCCCCAACUCCCAGAAUCACAGUCUGUUAACUUCAGUUUUGGUGUUGCCACCAUUGAAAAGGAGAAACCUUUUUUUGUGCUGCUCCUAAUUCUGUCUUCUGGGGGGCUCUGUUGACAUGAAGGUGAGUAGAAGAUAGCCAAAGGAAAGGUUUGGAGUAACACCACCCACUUCUGCUCCAGAUUCCUGGAAUCCAGCCCUUUUAAGACCAUGGAGGGACUUUUUCUGAAAGUUUUGCUGCUGGGUGCAAGUUUAACAGGGUUGCUUUUCUCUCUUGUGGAUUUUCAUUUCUUUUGGAAGACAGGCCUCCAGAGGCCUAAUUUUAUAAUCAUUUUGACUGAUGAUAUGGGAUGGGGUGACUUGGGGGCAAAUUGGGCAGAAACAAAGGAUACUCCACAACUGGAUAGAAUGGCUGCUGAAGGGAUGAGAUUUGUGGAUUUUCAUGCUCCAGCUUCUACCUGCUCUCCGUCCCGUGCCAGCCUGCUUACUGGAAGGCUUGGGUUGCGAAAUGGAGUUACCCACAACUUUGCUAUCACCUCAGUGGGAGGCCUUCCACUUAAUGAGACCACCUUAGCCCAGGUGCUCCAAGAGGCUGGUUACAUCACAGGAAUGAUAGGCAAGUGGCACCUUGGUCAUCAUGGCCUCUACCAACCCAAUUUCCGUGGUUUCAGUUACUACUUUGGAAUUCCUUACAGCCAUGACAUGGGCUGUAGUGACACCCCUGGCUACAACCACCCACCCUGCCCAGCUUGCCCACCUGCAGUGACUGUAUCAGAAAGCCCUGGGGAAAAUUGUUACCUGGAUGUGGGCCUUCCUUUGUAUGAAAACCUCCUCAUCGUAGAGCAGCCCGCGAACCUCAUGAAUCUUGCAGAGAAAUUUGCAGAGAAAGCUAUUGAGUUCAUCCAGCAGGCAAGUGAUAGUGGUCGGCCUUUCUUUCUGUACCUUGCCCUAACUCACAUGCAUGUUCCCUUAACUGUGACUCAUCAGUCAGCAGACUUACCAGGUCAAAGGGUGUACAAGGAUAGCCUAUGGGAGAUGGACAACUUGGUCGGCAGGAUAAAGGACAAAGUUGACAGCAUUUCAAAAGAAAACACAUUCCUCUGGUUUACAGGGGACAAUGGUCCAUGGUCUCAGAAAUGUGAGCUGGCAGGACAUGUGGGACCUUUCACUGGACUAUGGCAAAUGAAUAGAGGGGGAAGUUCAGCCAAGCAGACUACAUGGGAAGGAGGGCAUCGUGUACCAGCUAUAGCUUACUGGCCUGGCAGAGUGCCAGCCAAUGUCACCAGCACUGCUUUGUUAAGUGUGCUCGACAUCUUUCCAACCAUAGCAUCUUUGGCCCAAGUGAGCUUGCCCCCCCAACGACAUUUUGAUGGUCUGGACAUAUCAGAAGUUCUCUUUGGACACUCACAAACUGGACAUAGGGUGCUGUUUCAUCCCAACAGUGGGGCUGCUGGAAGCUUUGGUGCCCUAGAGACCAUUCGUCUGGAGCAAUAUAAGGCCUUUUAUAUCACUGGUGGUGCAGAAGCCUGUGAUGGGAGCCUUGGACCUGAACAGCAUCAUGAGCUUCCUCUUAUUUUCAAUCUACAAGAGGACCCUGCAGAAUGUGCACCUUUAGAUAGCAGCAGUACUGUCUACCAGAACAUAUUGAAUGAAGUCAUGGGGGCUCUUGUGGAUGUUCUUGAGGAUAUCACAAGUGACAACAUUUCAGUAGCAGAUUAUUCUCAUGAUUCUUCAGUGAUCCCCUGUUGCAAUGCACUCAAGAUGGCUUGCCGAUGCCAACUCUUAUAGUUAACUUUAGUGUUUCAGUUCUGUGUGAAAUAAAUAUCUGGGGGAUUUCCAACUCAGUCCAAUCUCAGAAGGACUCACCAUGACAGUCAGUCAUAUUGUCUGCCAGCCUGAUAGCUACGGAGGCCAGGAGGCAUGACAUGACAUAUGAAGGCUAUUGACCAAUUGAAGAGGGAGGAGUUUUAAGUUUGAAAAGCCAGUGCUGAAAGCUGGGUAGGCCUGUUUUUGCUCUGGUUCCUGUCCCUGGUCUGACUCUCUGAGCUGUCCUGGUAGCUUUUAUCAUUUGCAUCUGGCAAGCAUUGGCAUGUUCCCCCUGGGAUGGAUCUUACUUUAAGUUAGAAAUGCUGGAAACCUUAUUUCUAUCUUUCUUUCUCUUUACUAAUAAAUACUUAUAAAUUUA